GCCCCGGCGGGCGGCCCGGCACUGCCGCGGCGCGGCGCUGCCCGGCCGCGCUGGCCCGGCGGGCGCGCUGCCCUGCCGCGGUGGGAGCGGGCGGGCUUGGCUCCCUCUCGCGUUUUACUUCGCCGAAGUUUGGUCGGGUCCCCCCUCCCUGCGGGCUCUGCCGCGGCUCCCGAGCGCUCGAGGAGGAGACGGAGGGAGGCGGGGAGAGGCGUGUCCUGCCGGGCUGCUGCCGCCGCUGCAGCCGUUGCCGCCGCUGCUGCGGGAGGCAGAUCGGAGGUAUAAAAGACCUGGCCGGGCGGCGGCGGCGCCUCCAGUCAGUGCCUGCGCUCGGGCCGUGGGGAGAGGGGCGGCGGCGGCGGCGGCGGCGGCGCGAGCGCGGCAGGCAGCGGGGCUCGCCGUGGGCAACCCCAAUGCGUGGACUAUCGGCUGCUGCAUUAUGCUGGAGCUACGGUUCCGCUGAAGGGAGUUUGCACACGGCUGGCUGGGCUGGACUGCAGCGCUGCCGUUCCUUAUGAAGAAGGCACAAACUUGGAUUAUCACUUGCUUUUGUCUUCAACUACUCCUACUUAAUCCUCUUGUCAAAGCCCAGAGUUCCUGCGGGAAUCCGGUGACAGAUGAUGUGAAUGACAUUGCAAAAUUGGUUGGAAAUCUCCCAAAUGAUUAUAUGAUAACCCUUAAAUAUGUCCCGAAGAUGGAUAGCCUGCCUAAUCACUGUUGGUUGCAUUUGAUGGUGCCUGAAUUUUCAAGGAGUCUACAUAAUCUUCUCCAGAAAUUUUCAGAUAUUUCAGAUAUGUCUGAUGUUUUAAGCAACUAUUCAAUCAUCAAUAAUCUCACAAGGAUAAUUAAUGAUCUUAUGGCAUGUCUAGCUUUUGAUAAAAAUAAGGAUUUUAUAAAAGAAAAUGGUCAUCUUUAUAAAGAAGGUCGCUUCAUUCCUGAGGAUUUUUUUAGUCACUUUAAUAGUACCAUUGAGGUCUAUAAGGAAUUUGCAGACACAUUGGAUCAGAAUGACUGCAUUCUGCCUUCAACAGUAGAAACACCAGAGAAUGAUUCCAGAGUCGCUGUCACAAAAACAUUUUUGUUUCCUCCUGUUGCUGCCAGCUCCCUUAGGAAUGACAGCAUUGGCAGCAACACUAGCAGUAACAAAGAAGCACUUGGCUUCAUUGGCAGCUCCAGCCUGCAAGGGAUCAGCAUAGCACUGGCAUCACUGCUGUCUCUUCUUAUUGGCUUUAUUUUGGGAGCCAUAUGCUGGAAGAAAACACAUCCCAAAUCCAGAGCAGAAAGUGAUGAAACUACACAGUGUAAUGACUGUCGAGAGGAAAAUGAGAUAAGUAUGUUGCAGCAAAAAGAAAAAGACCAUCUACAAGUGUAGCUGUUACUUUUUCUCCCUCAACACUGUUACUGUUUCAUGUACUGCAGGUAACAGUUCCAUGUUCGCUUCAUAAAUGAAGCAGCUUUAAGCACAUUCGUAUUCCUUCUGGAGUGACAGACUGAGUCUGCAUCUGUUGUUGCUGCCCAUGACUCCAUAGACAUGAUAUAGAAAUGAGGACAAUUUAUGUUUGUUACUGUGAAACCAACACUGAAUUGAACAACGUUAAGAAAAGUGUGCACUGAGCAAGACUCUAUUUUAUGUGAAUAUCUACCUUGUGUGGCAUUUGGGGAUUUUUAUUUACAUUAAUACUUGCAGAUGAUUCUGACAAAGUCCUGAACAAAAAGCAUCUUUCAAAUGCCUCCAUGUGUAAUCAUUGAAAGUCAUAAAUAUGUUUGCAUCCUUAAUUUAAAUUGUGUCCUCUACCUUACCUUGGUGUCUUCGAAUGGAGUUCUCUGAACUGACAGAAAAUGCAGAAAUGGAUACAGAUAACAUACUCUUCAAUUUUGUACAUACAACUUGAAAGUAAAGUCAAGCCAUGGACCAGUGUACUAGCCUUUUACUUAUAAGGAACUGGGUUUAUGUCUGGCAAGGGUCUUGUGUACGGUGACAUGGUCUCUGUCAGGUGCCCGGUGGCUGUAUGCCCACCCCAAAAAGCUUCAAGAAUUCAUCAGGGUUGAUGGUCUCUGUUCAGGAGAAGCAAUACUGGAUGAAGAAAAAGUAAACAGGAGGUGGUAGUACAGCGUGGAGCUUUCAAGAAUUAGGACUAACUGCUGGAUAUGUGAACACUGGUGAGAUCUCCAGCCACAGAAAGGGAAGGGAGAGUAAAGAGUCUGAAUUGCGUUCAAACAUCAGAAUAAAGGCAAACCCAUGAAAUGCAUUUUAAAUUCUGAAGAUGCAUGCCAUUGAUAUCUUGUCUUUACAUAUAUAGCAUAGAAAAUUUGAAAGAUCCAGAGGGUGUAUUUAGCUUUUACUUACAUCAGCUAUAAUUAAUGUUUGCGUUGUGUUUUGAAUGAUUAAUAAGCUUUAAUAUCCUGGCAUUCUCCACUCUUAAGGUUAAUUCUCUUGAAACGUAAGAGAAAGGCUUUAUUUCCCACUUGUCUUCUGCAUCUAUUGCUGUUAUUGCAUACAUGGAAUAUGUACAGGACUGAUGUACAGACAUGCAUUUUCAAGUAAACCCCAGAUAUACCAUGGUAGAAAUUGCAAGUGCACUUGUGCAUCUUUUUGUCCUGUCUCUUUCCAGAUAAUAGAUAUGAAUCAUUUAUCUAUCUUAGGGGUUUGUACUUCAGAAUGUAGAGGUCGCUCACCUCAAAUGACAAACUGUCUUAACAGCCAGUAAAUAGGUCAGUAAGAGUUUUAAUUUAAGUAACUUAAAAUAAAAAAACUCUUUUAAUGUUUUUCAUAAAGUUGAAUUUAUCUUUAAAGUAUAUAAUUACUUAAUUUUUUAAGAAUUCUUGUGGAUGUUUUAAUCAUCUACAAAAUUUUCUGGGAACCAAAUGUCAAAAGAGUAUGACAUACAUAUAUAUGUAUGUGUAUUACUGGUAAAACUGAUCUGUCUUUCACACUACCAAAAAGAAAACUCCUCAAAACCUUACUAAGUUUGAUGGUGGAAUUUCUGUGUGAGUAUAGCCGCUUUGCCUGGAAUUUUAGCCCCACUGAAAUCAAUAGCAAAACUUUUUUAACUUCACUGAGACCAUGAUCUGAUCAUGUGGAUCUAAUUUUCAUUUAUACUAAGGCCAUUUUGCACUGCUGGAGUGUCAUAAAGAGUCCUCAAGUCCUGUUCAGCCAGUGUACGUUCCAUUAAUGUUAGCAGAGCUCUGGGGUUUGCAGCAUCUGAGGAGCUUCUCUUAGACUAUAUCAAAAGAUGUUUAGUGUGAUAAUUUGGCUUUCACUUUUAUUCAGAAGAUGCUGAGGAACUCACUGCUUAAUGAGAAAUGAAAAGAUUCUCAGCCCUUCUAAAAAGCAAGUGCAUUGCAAGUUUCAGCUCUGCAAAAAUCUAACAACAGAAUUCUCCAUCUGCAGCUCAGUCUUAUAUGACAAUGUAUAGUUCUUUACUCUCUAGACCUGCAGACUUUAUGUUUCAACCCUAUUUAAGAGUUACCCUGAAAGAAAUGUCAGCAUGAUCCAGUAUUUGAUGGGAAAUGUGCACCUUACUGGUAAUGUGGAGAAUAACUGCCUGCAGGUUUUGACAGAGAGGAAGUGUAUCCACAGUAAAUGGAAGCAAUUAUCCUUACACAUUUUACAAAAACAUUAAGUAUUUCACCUUGCUAUAUGAUACGUUCUCAGAUCAGUUUUAUGCAUUUGAAAUCUUGCAGUAUUUUUCAUAGAUUCAGUUAAACAAAACAUCUAGUAUUUAUUAAUAUUCUUUGUUCAUAAGAAUGUUAGUUUUGCUAAAUAUGUAUUUUCCAGAAAAUCAAAUAUACAAUAGCCUUGCACAUUGGUGUGCCUCAAAUUAUACUUUGACAUUCGAAAUGCAUGGUGUUUUAAACUCCUUAGUAUACAGUGUACUGUUUGAUGAGAAAAGAGAAGAUACUGUAAAUUGAAAUAUACUCACCACAGAUAGACUGCCACAAAAUGCUCGUGUUCCAAGAGCAGCAGUCUAAAACUGUGACUAUAUCGUUUUCAAAUAAUGUCAUGUACUUUCAUCUCUGCCACAGAGCCCAGCAAAUUUAAGGGUACAUGGGAACAGAAGGAAAAUUCAUGUAUAAGUGUUCUUACCUCGCAUCACAAACAUUGUUCUUAUUUUGAAUAUGCACCAAAUGAAGCAAUACCACACAUCAUCAGCUUAGCAGAACUGUUGUGACAGCUCAUGGUUUUCCUGUGUUCCCACCCCCUUUUGAUUUGAACAUAAUAUUGCAAAGCAGAAGGACGCUUUUAGACAUUUCUGAAUACAAUAGAUUGCACGGCACUUAGAAAUGUAAUUAUGAAAUUAUUUGAAAGGUUUCUGUGCCCAGUUUGUCUACCCACUGCGGAGGCCCUUACUUCAGACAUAGUGAAAUUUUGAAAGACUACUGGCUUGUGAGAAACCUUUGAAUCAAUGGAAAUAGAAUAAGUUACUUUUCUGUAUGAGCAGUGGUAGCAGGAAUAGUCCCUUAAUUGCUUCUUUAUCCAGUUUUAAGCUAUUUGAUUUCUGAAGAAUGAUUGGUUUUUAAAUCUGCAGUUUGAGGAGACAUAGCCCAUGCAUCAUCUCAGUUAGAAAAUAAAUAUCCUUUCUCUUAAAAUAAAAUUGGGGAAAGCAAGUGAGGCAUUUUGUUUCUAUGAAAGCCAACCAUACUUGGGGUUCAGAAAUCUGUGGUUUUGUGAGAAACUAACAUUUUUAAGUUUCCUUUGGAGUAGUUGAACUUUGCAUGCAAUUAAUAGUGGCCUUGUGAGAAUAAAAAGCAGAUAGUGAUAUACUGAGUAACUCAAUGUGCUAUUUUAGAUGUGUGUUUACUUGAAUAAAUUAAUGGUACUUAUUUCAUCACAAGGUCAUUUUAUAAAUAAGCUUAUAAACAACUAACGUGCUAUACUGUGGAGUACGUGUACAACCUGCAUAUUUUUUUGGAUUCUUAUCUUCGCCAGCUCUGUUUUCUCUGUUGCUGUCUCUUUGUAAUAUGCUGAAACUGUUCAGUACACACACUACAACUAUUAAAUUGAAAAGCUAACCAUAUAUAAAAUACAGAUAUUUUGAGUUAGAUUUACAUUUAAGAAUUAACCAACAUUCUUCAAUUCAGGAAUUUGAUUCAACUAUCUAUUAAAUACAGAUCUACAGUAAUGGUGGCAUGUUACUAUUAUGUUAUCAAAUUGAUGGAACGCGGAAACUUCAGACUCUUUAGUGAUAGAGACACAGACUUUUGCUGGUUGCAUCAUGGGCAAAUUCAUAUAUUUCGAUGUAAAUGUCAGCACAGUCUUACAUAGUUACAUUCUGACUGAAGGUAAUCAAGAAAGUUUAUAAAAUGUGAUGUGUAUGUAUAUAUGUGUCCUCUUAAAGAUAGAUGUUUUCCCUGAUCCUUUUUUAUACCAGUUCAAAUUUGGAAUUUACAUUAUAUACAUAUACUUUAUUGUUCUAAAUAAAGAUAUUAUGCACUGCC